AGUAAAAGGGCGGAGGGAGGGACGAUGGUGCCUGCGUGACCGUGGAAAGGUGCAGCCAAACUUCAAAGUUUUGGUGCCCCGCAGCGUUAGAUAAACAGAUUAAAGAAGUUCUCCCGUGGCCGUUCAAAUGUGAACGCCUUUAACGGCUACUUUCACUCCAAGUCUGCCAUCCUCUUUCUGGAAUGCAGAUCUCCAGACAGCAUUGUUCAUGCAGGAUCUUCGUUCGAGCUAAGGCUGACUACUUCAAUUUCAGCUUCAGACUCAGAGCUACCGGUUUUGGACCUAACUGGACCCUCCACCGCUUCUCUUUCAUCCUCAGAUUCCGCAACUUUUUCGUCUUCAGAUUCAAUUCACAUCUCCCUGCGCAAAUUGCUCCUCGAUCCCGCCUAGGGCUCAUCCGAGCCAGAGCCCUCCACGGGAUCCAGAAAUUUCAAGCCCGAAUCUCCGCGAAGAACCGAUCCACUUCUGGCAAUACAGGAUGGAUUGAUGAACAGCCAAAGGAUCUGCUACUUAGUGGGAUUUGGGGGUUGCUGGCAUUCGCGGUUCAAGUUCAACAUAUUUGGCAAAAAUAUGGGAAGGGACUGUGUAUAAUAAUGCUCGCUUCCGUGAGCUUUAUGGGUGUUUUGUUGAUGAAGACUAAGAGAGCAGAGCCCGUGAAAGUAAGAGGCCUUCGCAAUUGCAUGGUAAUAAUAGCAGCUUGUUCGCUAUUAUUUAUGCUGGGGAGUUGCUGGGAUAGAAUGGGAAUGUGUGUGGCAAAGCAAGUUUGGGAGUUGAUUUCUUGAUCUGUGAGUGUGUUAUGUUGCCGUUUUGUUUAUGUUAUUAAUAUUACUAUUCAUUCAAUUAUUCUUUUAAUAAUUUUUUUAAAUCAUUCUUUUUUUAUAUUUUAUAUGUAAAAAUAUAUAAAAAUUUUAGAUUUAGUGUAGUGAGAUUGAGAAGUGAAAGAGAAAUGAAA